CUGUAGUCUCUCUCUCUCUCUCUCUCUCUCUCUCUGGAUUCUCCUCGUGGAAGGAAGACGAGCUGCCAGGCUUCCUCUGACUCCGCUUUAAGGUUUACCCAUCCACCCAAACCCAAGGAAUGCUUCUUCCCUGAUGCGCUUCCACUGAGCCUCCUUCCCGAUCCCACCCUCGCUCUUCCGUCGGAGAGAGCCGCUGUGGAGGCGUGUGGAUGAUCUGGCCGUCGGUGAGAGGAUCGCAGGGGCUGUGUGUGUCUGUGGACAGAUCUACACCCGCCUGCCAGCCCAAUGCGGGUUUGGGUUGAGUAUGGUGAGCGCCGGACCCCACCCUCCACACAUCUCUUUAGCUAACCUCACUCUCUCUCCUUCUACACACUCUCUACCUGAGACGCUGCUCUCUGAAGAAAUGGAUGGGUGCCGCGGGAGCACGGGGGGUUAGGUCCGGAUUUCGGUCCCCACCCCCUCAGCGGAUGAGGCAGCGAACACGUUAAUGACUCGUCUUGGCUUCCUACUCGGAGACAAAGUGAGAGAGGGGUCUCAAGGGCCGCAGUACAGAAUGGAUGAGCCCGAUGACGCUCAGGUGUGUGUGCAGGGUUUAGGAGUGAGCGGGAGGAUGAGUCCGUGCUCCACUCUGACCAGCAGCACCUCCUCGCCCCCUGCCUGCAGCCCCUGCUCCACCCUUCCUCCUGCUGCUCCGGGACAGGCCUUCAGCAGCCCCACAUCCACCCUGGAGAGCAGAGACAGCGGCAUCAUCGCCACCCUGACCAGUUACUCAGAGCCGAUGGACAGGAGCAGGAAGCACGGGGACGGCUCUCGAAGCAGUAGCCUGAAGCUCUGGCACUCAUACAGAUCCACUCUGGACUCCAGUCUGUACCGCGUGGAUGAGAACAUGACCGCCUCCACCUACAGCCUCAACAAGAUCCCAGAGCCUGGCUCCACCCACUGCUCCUCUCACCCCACCCCCAUCUACCUCAUGCCCCGCCCCAACUCAGUGGCAGCCAGCAGCUGGACUCACCUGGAGGAGCAGAGACACGCUCCGCUGAGAAUGAUGCGUCAGAACACAGAGCUGCGAGGGCCCUUCGCUCCGUACAGACUGCAGGACAUCGCUCUGAAGCCGCUGCUCUUCGAGGUGCCCAGCAUCACCAUGGACUCUGUGUUCACGGGCCGUGAUUGGCUCUUCCAGGAGGUCGACGCCUACCUGCGCCCCGCCCACUCCUCCACCAAUCACGGCGUGGUCCUGGUGGGCGGCAUCGGCUUCGGCAAAACUGCCAUCAUCUCGCGCCUCGUGGCUCUCAGCUGCCAUGGAAACCGCAUGCGACAGAUCGCCUCCGAGAGCCCACAGGGGUCGCCGAAACAUGGAGAUGACAUCCCUCUCACACAGCCGCAGACUUCCCAUGGUGCACUGGGAGGAGGAAGCUGCCCUGGAACUCCAGAAAUGAGGAGGAGGCAGGAGGAGGCCAUGAGGAGGCUUGCAUCACAGGUCGUGGCGUAUCACUACUGUCAGGCAGAUAAUGCAUACACCUGUCUGGUGCCGGAGUUUGUGCACAACGUGGCAGCGCUUCUGUGUCGCUCGCCGCAGCUGGCCGCAUACAGAGAGCUUCUGCUGAAGGAGCCGCACAUUCAGAGCACGCUCAGUCUGCGAUCCUGCGUCCAGGAUCCCCCCGCUGCCUUCAGACGAGGCGUGCUAGAACCCCUGGACACACUUUAUAAAGAGAGGAAGAUCAGUCCAGAUGAAGACCUCAUCAUCCUCAUCGAUGGUCUGAAUGAGGCUGAGUUCCACAAACCAGACUACGGUGACACCAUUGUGUCUUUCCUCUGUAAAACCAUCAAGAAGUUCCCCGUCUGGCUCAAGCUGCUGGUGACGGUCAGGACCUCCAUGCAGGAGAUCACCAAACCUCUGGCCUUCCACCGGAUCUCUCUGGACGCUCUGGAGGAACACGACGCCAUCGACCACGACCUGCAGAGCUACAUCCUCCAGCGCAUCCACAGCAGCGCAGAGAUCCAGAACAACAUCUCCCUCAACGGCAAGAUGGACAACACCAGCUUCAGCAAGCUGAGCUCACACCUCAAGGCCCUCAGCCAGGGCUGCUUACUCUACCUGAAGCUCACCUUUGACCUGAUCGAGCGCGGCUAUCUGGUGCUCAAGAGCUCCAACUACAAGGUGGUGCCGGUCAGUCUGGCGGAGGUCUACCUCCUGCAGUGUAACAUGCGCUUCCCCACGCAGUCGUCCUUCGACAGGGCCCUGCCGCUGCUCAACCUGGCCCUGGCUUCACUGCAUCCUCUCAGCGAUGAGCAGAUCUACCAGGCCAUCAACAGCGGCUCGGUGCAGGGAGCGCUGGACUGGGACGACUUCCAGCAGAGGAUGGAGAACCUGUCGGUGUUCCUGGUCAAGAGACGGGAUGGGACACGCAUGUUUGUGCACCCGUCCUUCAGAGAGUGGCUCAUAUGGAGAGAGGAGGGAGAGAAGACCAAGUUCCUCUGCGAUCUCAGGAAUGGCCACACGCUUCUGGCUUUCUGGUUGUCCAGACAAGAAAACAGACUCAACAGACAGCAGACGAUUGAGCUGGGUCACCAUAUCCUGAAAGCACACAUAUUCAAGGGACUGAGUAAGAAGGUUGGGGUUUCUUCAUCCGUCCUGCAAGGGCUGUGGGUGUCAUACAGCACCGAGAGUUUAUCCACAGCUCUGGCGUCGCUCAGAAACCUUUACACACCCAACAUUAAGGUGUCCCGGCUGCUGAUUCUGGGUGGCGCUAAUGUGAAUUACCGUACGGAGGUGUUAAACAACGCUCCGCUGCUGUGUGUGCACGCUCACCUGGGCUACUCGGAGAUGGUGCACCUGCUGCUGGAGAACGGCGUCAGUGUGGACUCUGCAUCUGAGAGCGGCCUCACUCCGCUGGGCUACGCCUCCGCCGCCGGACACCUGGCCAUCGUCACUGCCCUGUGCAAGAGGGGAGCAAAGCUCGACCACCUGGACAAGCUCGGUCAGUGCGCUCUAGUGCAUGCUGCUCUCCGAGGACAUCUGGAGGUGAUGAAGUUCCUCCUUCAGAGUGACUGGGGCCCCUCCCCCACUGAGUCACAGGCCACGCCCUCCCCCACACGAGCCACGCCCCCAGAGUCACAGCAGCAGGAGUCUGAACAGCAGACACAAGCGGACGCUCAGACUCCGCAGCAGACGUCUCAGGAGCCUGCGAGCUUCAGCAAGAGUGUGGCAGUGCAGCAGGCCUUUACAGCAGCAGCCAGCAUGGGUCACACUGAGGUUGUGUCUUAUCUCUUGGACUUGCCUGACGGGGAUGAAGAGGACACUCCUCGCGCCCAGAUGAACAGCUAUGACACCCUGUGGGGCGAGACAGCGCUGACCGCUGCAGCCGGCCGAGGGAAGCUGGACGUCUGUCAGAUGCUGCUGGAGCAGGGCUCGUCCGUGACCCAGCCCAACCGCAGAGGAGUGUGUCCGCUCUUCAGCUCUGUGCGUCAGGGCCACUGGCAGACGGUGGAUCUGCUGGUGUCACACGGAGCAGACGUGAACCUGGCUGAUAAACAGGGCCGGACUGCGCUCAUGAUGGCGGCUUCGGAGGGACACCUGGACACAGCGGAGCUCCUCGUGGCUCAGGGAGCGUGUGUGGAUCUGAAGGAUAAGGAGGGUCUGACGGCGCUCAGCUGGGGCUGUCUGAAAGGACAUCUGUCUGUGGUUCGUUUCUUGGUGGAGAGAGGAGCUGCCACGGACCACGCCGAUAAAAACGGACGAACGCCUCUCGAUCUGGCCGCCUUCUACGGAGACUCUGACGUGGUUCAGUUCCUGGCGGAUCAUGGGGCUGUGAUCGAGCAUGUGGACUACAGCGGGAUGCGUCCUCUGGACCGCGCCGUCGGCUGCAGAAACACGUCUGUGGUGCUCGCCCUGCUGAAGAAAGGAGCCAAAAUCGGUCCUGCUACCUGGGCAAUGGCGACAUCGAAACCUGACAUCAUGAUUAUCCUACUGAGUAAACUUUUAGAGGAAGGAGAUGGCUUCUACAAGAUGGGUAAAGUGAAGGAGGCAGCUCAGUGCUACCAGAACGCUCUGAAGAAAUUUCCCAGAGAAGGAUUAAGUGAGGAACUGAAGACCUUUAAGGAGCUCAAAGUGUCUUUGUUCCUGAACUUGUCUCGCUGUCGGAGGAAAAUGAAUGACUUUGGUAUGGCGGAAGAGUUUGCUAGCAAGGCUCUGGAACUGAAGCCGAAGUCUUACGAGGCAUUCUAUGCUAGAGCCCGAGCCAAGCGUAGCAGCAGGCAAUUCGUGGAAGCACUAGAAGACCUGAGGGAAGCCAUAAAGCUGUGUCCCAACAGUCGUGAAAUCCAGCGCCUCCUUCAGCGUGUGGACGAGGAGUACAGGCAAGUUACCCAAUCAGAGGAGCCAGAGCAUGAGCCUCCUCCAUCCCCACCACCAUCUCCCUUACCGGUGGAGGAAGAUGAGGAGCCCCCUCAUCACACCCCUCCUCCUGAGCCAAGACUGGAUGACAUGGAGCCCGUCCAAGACUUGUUUGAGGAUGACGAAUUCCUAGAACAAGAGCUAGAGGCCGUGUCCUUUGGUUUUGCUUCAGACAUUCGAUCGAACGCUUCAAGCCUUGCCAUUAUAUGCAGUCCACCCCUUUCUCCACCCCAUCACGACACUGGCUACCUAUCUGGAGGGCAUGCCUUCGAGUUCCACCCAAACUCUUCCUCUAUGUCAUCUCCUACACAUCAUAGUUACCAGUCCACCUCUCCAUGCAUCUCUCCAACCCAUCAGAACUCCCACUACCGCCAGAGUCCACCACACACCUCUUCGGCCAAUCAGUCCUCCUACCGCUUCAGCCCUCCACCCAUUGGCAGUGGAGGUAACCAGGGGAUGGACUAUCAGAGUCCUCCGCCAUCUCCUCUUAGGCGUGGGGCUCCAUUCAGAGGUAGCCCUCCGAUCGAGAACAUGUGUCUGUAUCGUUCCCAGUCUGGCUCACCAGUCCGCUACCAGCAGGAUCCUUUACCUAGCCGCCCUAAAUCACCACUAUUGAAGAUGAGCAGCCAGCGGUCCUUCCAGCUCCAGUCGCAACCUUCCCAGAGCUCUCAGACUAGCCAGCACCACCAGGUUCAGGCUUUGCGCCUGCAGCCCUCGAUGGCGCAAAUCGUGCGCACUAACCAGCCCAGUAACAGCAUGUACAGCCAGUUGGUGCAUCCACUUAGCAGUAGGUACCAAGGUAGCUCCAUGGAUGUGGACAGGGACAGAGAUCGAGAGCCGAGGCUGGUGUACCAACCCUCGCUGGAUGGCCGAUCAAUGUCUCAAGUGCAAUCUAGCCUCAGUGCGGGAGCUCUCUGUCAUGGGGGGCGAGGUGGGCCUGCUGGUGUCCUGGAGUCAAACUUGGGGAAAGAUCAGAUCCAUCAGCGACCCGCAUCGGCGUACCGCUCAGCUACAGGGGGACCUGGAGGCAUGCGCUUCAGCCAAACCCCCCAGAUAAGCCGCAGUCAGUCAGCGGCAUACUAUCCAGUCUCCAAGCACGAGCUCGAGAGAGCAGUGGCGGCUUCUGCUCUGCCACCGUGCCAGCUGGGCUCUCCGGAGAUCCCGCACCUAGUGCGCAGACCUAUCAGUGCCAUCACAAGUGACCUAAAACAGCAUGUACCAACCCCCAGACCACUCAUCCACUCCCAGAGCGUAAAUCUUCGCUUCUCCCCAUCUAGCGUUAAUAUAUCCUUAGGCUCCAGCUGCAAUCUAGCCCCUGGCUUCAGGCCGUCCUCCUCCAUGGCUCAAAUGGAAAUCCCGCUCCAGUCUGCAUAUGAACGGAGCUUCGAUGAGCCAUCUGCCCUGUCGCCCUCUCAGAGCGGACUGUACUCGGGUGAACCCGCCCGAUCCCGUAACACUCCGUUCAUGGGCAUCAUCGACAAGACUGCAAGGACUCAGCAGCAGUACCUCCACCAGCCUUCCCGGGCCUGGCCUGUGUCAUCUCUGGAAUCGGUUAUCACUAGCCCCACGUCACCUGGGAAUCUGAUCCACCAGGCAUCCACAGCCUCCUCCUACAGCCCCCCUACAUCUCUAGGCAAUAUUGCCUACUACAAUAAGACCAAUAAUGCCCAGAAUGGACACAUGCUAGAGGAGGAGUACUACGUCCAGCCCCAGCCCUCCUCCCUGGGCAAGCUUGCUAACGGAGGGGCACGUGAUCGAGACUUCCUGGAGCGAGUGAGCCAGGCGCCGAUGUACCAGGAUGUUAAGGUGGCACGGACAAUGCCAGUGGCACAGGCGUACCAGGAGAAGAUCUACCGCCAGCUUUCCCGCGAUGCCAGACAAUGUCCCACCUCGCCCAUCAAACCAAAGAGACCCUACGUGGAGUCAAAUGUUUAAUAGGCGCCCCAAAGGGUGGGCAUAAGGUGUGAGUGACAGUGAAAGUGUAGGUGGAGGUUAUUAAAGCCAGUAUUUUGAAUAGAGGAAACGGCCUAGUAGAAACACUUUUAAUAAACUAAAAAAAACUGUGUUACAAAAGUUGUGUACAAUUACCUGUGCCUACUUUAAGUCAACUCAAUCUGUUGGUAAACACUUAGAGCUUGGGUGCCGGACAGGCUACAAAUACCCUGGCAGACCCCUUUUGGAGCAUUGGAGUGAAAAAAAAAUGUCCUCUAAAGAUCUGCACAUUAUUUUAAAGCACAUUUAUUGACGUUCCACAACAGAGGAAUCGUGUCUUGCCUUCAUUCCCAGCACUAAAGCGGAAACACAACAAACUGUGUGUUGAACUCAUUCCCUCUCUCAAUUAAUCCUGAUAUCCCUCUUCUCAUUCAAACUAAACUCAUUUGCUAGGCUUUCUUGACAUCAUAUUGUUGAAAUGUUCAAGACUGUAAAAAGUGCAAAUCCGUUUCAGAAAAAUUAAGUUGUAGUUAUAGCAUAAACAGAGGAAUAUUUAUAAUUAAGUUAUAUGAUGUGUAGACAUAUUAAAGCGGUUUUGUGUCAGGUUUAUUUUGUCUUUAAUUUUGUAUCUAUUGAUUUGGACUUUGGAAAUGGUAUCAGAUAUUUUCAAAAUAAUGAUUCAGAGUUUAUGUCUGGAGAUUAUUAUCUUUACACUUAUUACCUUACAAUUCUGGCUCCCGAGCAGAAAUAUUGUUUGUGUCAAAAUUCACAGUUGUAGAGUGGCAAUAAUAUUAGUUCAAAGCACUUUCGUGGGAAGCGUAAUAUGAUUUUCAAGUAACCCUGGCAUUUUGUGGAUAAUACUAAGCUUUUAUUUACAAAAUGAAAUAAUUAUUUAUGAAGUAGUGGAGUGCCAAUCCAGACGCAUUUCAAGUGGAGGAAUGUAUCACACCACAGACGUCUUAUGAACUCUACAGUAUGGGAACUACGCAACAAAGUUUCAGGGGAGUUUGCAAGGUAGUAAUAGAACUUCUUCUCUAUUUUCAGUUUCUUUAGUGUUCUAAGAAAUGGAACCUUGCAUUGUCACGGAGAAGCAUUAGUAUAUCAAGUGAAGUAUGUUUGUUUUAACUUCAAAACUUUUAUUCGUAACUUUGGUCUGUCUGUGACAUUAUGACGAAAGAGAGCACUUUAUUCAUCUGUAAGGAUUAUAUGGACUGUGAAUAUGAGGGGGUUGGAGAUGACAGUGGGGGGAUCUGGGAUGGGAAAUCCUUAAUAACGAACAUUCAGUGGAUGCUGGAAUAUAACCUGUGAUUAGUUGUACUUCUAGAAAUCAAAUAGCAGUUAUUGUCCUUGGUGCAAUUCUAAUUUUUCAAGCAAAUGAAUGAACAAUAAUAUAAAAGAGCGAAAUUAUGUUUUUAAAAAGUGUAUAUAACAGCCUUUAUAGAGCGCAGUGUACUUGCUGUAUAUAGUGGCCAGAUGUGUUCAUGCAUACAACAUCUGCAAACGCGUCACCAAAUGCAGCGUGAUGAACCUCACGCCUCAAACACAGUUCAGUGACUUCACACACACACACCGAAAAGCAAACCUGCCAUUUAGAAAUAGUGCAUUUGUCGUGUAAAAAUACAAUAUUCAGCUAGUUCCUUUCAAAGUCCUCUGCUUCAGAAUAUGAUAUUAUUAACAUGCGGAGCUUCAAUGUGGCUCUACAAUACAGUAUAUGGACAGAUAUCUAGACAGCUUGUCUUAAAGGCGACCAUACUGACCUUUCUAUUGCUGUCGGUGUAAACUUGCUUGAAUCGAGAAAUGCCUCAUGGUCAACUUUGGGGAAAAGUUAAAUAAAUAACACUUGAACACCGGACUCAGAUGUGUGGUUUUUCAUGCAAGCUGUUAUUGCUGUACAAAACCUGACGCAUGAUUUAUCCUCUGAAAUCGACAUACACAGACAUUUGUGUAUCUGCCGUAUGUCUAGGAACUAAACAGAAAUAAACUUCACACCUGACGAAAAAAUUAAACUCCACCAAACUCAGCAGGAGAGAUGUGACGUUUACCUCUGAAGGGUUUGCCCAUUCUUUUAUCUUUCAGUUGGAGUUGAUUUCCAUGUACUUGCUUGCUAAGCAGAGUUUCUGGUAUGUAAACGUGAGCUUUCAGAGCGCUGUGACAACAUUUCCUGACUUCAAUAAACCAGAAUGUGUUUUUAUCA